GUUUCUGGGACACCGGCGGACUGACUGUGGUUGGAAUGUCAUGGCGACCAACAGCCAGCAACUUUCCGGAGCUUUCGUAACUAAAACAGAUCAAGUUAUCAGUGGCACAGAGUGAAAAACUUAAGGUUAAGACAUUUUUGUGUGUCUUGGUUUGCUGAACAAGGACAACAAUUAUAACCUAAGGCUAAGAUUCGGAUUCAAUGACAUCAGUUUCUGAAAUGGAGUGUGCCAUAAACACCGGUCCUGAUGAUGAACCAUCUGAUACUGCUGUCCCAUAUGAAGGCAUUUCUGUUAAGGAUGGAAGCGAGACACCAAAGAAGAAAAACAAGAAACACAAGAAACACAAAAGUAAAAAGAAACGUAAGAAGCGCAAGGAGGAAAAAGAGAGCAGCUCUGAAUCUGGAGUAGAGUCAGAUGGAGAUUCUCGUACAAGAACUAGCAUAAAGAAAGAUGGCUCCUCUAACACUGAUGAUCAUACAAAUGCCACAAAAAACUGUACAGAAGACCAUAGUGAUGGGGAAGGUGAUACAAAGGUUAAGAAACAGAAACAUCGUUCAAGUAAGAAGAAGAAGAAGAAAAGACGGAAAGAGGAGGCACAGCGAGAGAAAAAAUCCUCAUCUCGCUCAAGAUCAGAGAGUACCUCAGCGUCAGGGUCAGAAUCAGAACCUGAAUCCAAACAAUCACUAAAAGCUCAAGUGGACUCCCUGAAGUUGGACAGAAAAUCACCCAUAACUGCAGCUAAGGUUUUACAAGACAAAUUGAAAGUAAGCCCAUCUCGACUGGCCGAUUUAAAGAGAGCGAUCACGUCUGAUCCUGACGAAGUUAAAAGUCUGAAACCAGAAAUGAGAAGUGUGUCUCCUGAGGCUGCAAGUAAUGUUAUUGCAGAUAAUGUGACACACGAUGAUAGAGACAAAAAAGUUGAAGAUCUUGACAAGCAUGAAACCAUUAGUAAAGUCCAAGAACUUCCUGAUAUUAUCCCCAAGCAAGAUAAUGUGCUCAAAGAGCAAGCUGAGCUGAAGGACGUUGUAAAGGAAGAAAAUGGCAAUCGGAGAGAGAAGAAGAAACUGUCCGUUUCCAGGUCAAGGUCUCGUUCACUUUCAGGCUCUAAAGGGACUAAAACCAAACAUAGUCGCUCCAGAACUCCAAAGCAGUCCUCCGGUAAAUCAGGACGUCAUAAAGACAGGUCAUCUUCUAGGGAGAGGUCUCUGUCUGCUUCUGGUGGCAAGAAUCGUGCAAAAAGAAGAGAUUCAAGAUCUCCCUCAGGAAGAUCCCCAUCUAAAGUGAUGAAAAAGCCUGCACGCAGGUCAAGGUCUCUCUCGGGAAGAAAAGGGCACCGCUCCAGCUCAAGAUCUCGCACAAGGACUAAAAGAUCUAGGACAAGGUCCCCACGACGUGGUCAUCGGUCAAGGUCUAGAUCAGCAGCAAAAGCAAGGCGAUCACGAUCAAGAUCUCGAAGGAAGAAUCGUCGUUCAAGAUCACGAUCGAGGUCCGUACGGAGAGGAAGACGUUCAAGGUCCCGUUCUCAAAAGAGGACACCUGUAUCUCGGACAAGGCGGUCUAGGUCUAGAUCUGUAAGAAGGCGAAGGACACGCUCAAGAUCCGUUGUGAUUUUUAGGCGAUCUCGAUCUAGGAGAAAUAGGCGAUCUAGAUCUGUGCAUAGAAGGAGAUCAAAUUCAAAAACACCGAGACAUCGGAGCAAGUCUCGGUCACCUCAACGCUCCAGAUGCUCGCGGUCAAGUUCGCCUGCAGUCCGUCAAAAGAGGUCAAAGUCUAAAAGCCCUCAAAGCACAAAGUCUGAAUCGGUAUCUCCACAGUGCAGUAAAAAAUCUAGGUCACGGUCAUCUUCACACAAUUCAAAGUCUGAAUCCCCCAAGUCUGCUCAAAUGAAAAAAGACGAGCGGUCAAGAUCCAGAUCCAAGUCAUCAGACAAAAGUCCCUCUCCUGCCAAGAAAGCAAACUCUGAAUCUCCUGCUAAAGAAGAAAUGUCUCUUAUGGAUGCCAUUUCUAAAGAAAUGCCAGACACUAAAAUUGAUACUGAGGAGGAAAGCAUAGAAGUAAAACAGACAGCAGAGACGAGUGGUUGGAUACCAGUGUCUGCUGAAUGUACCCUCAUGCAAAAGACUCCAGAUGAGGAUUUACCAUCAUCAGAUUGUGAAACCCAAAGUAAAGAAAUCAAGGUAGAGUCUGAGGAUGUCUCUGAAUGUGAACAGAAACAAAAUCGAUCCAGAUCCUCCUCACCAGAGUCUCAGCAUGCAGGGCCAGGUCAAGAUGAUAUUUCAGGAAGUUCACGAUCACCUUCUCCAAUUAAAGUUAAAAAAGAAUCCAAGUCCUCCAACAAAUCACCUGUUCAGAGAAAGCGAUCCAGAUCAGCUUCUUCCACUCAUAGGCGGCGAUCCAGAUCCAAAUCUUUUAGCACAAAGAGGAGAUCAAAGUCUCCUGUGAGAAAACGUAAAUCUAGAUCACCCUCGCACAGUCGAAAGAGACAGACAAAAUCCCGGUCGCCUGUUCGGAAAAGAAGGUCGCGGUCAAAAUCACCUGGUCGGAGGGGAAAGUCAAGGUCUAAAUCUCACACCAGGACCAAACGCUCAAAAUCAAAGUCCCCGAAGCGGAAACGGUCAAAGUCUAGAUCGCCAGCCCGGAAAAGGAGAUCCAAAUCCCGUUCCCCCGCUAGAAAAAGGAGAUCAAGGUCCAGGUCAAGACCUCGUCAGUCACGGUCCAGAAGAUCCCGCUCCGUGUCUCGUCGAAGGAGACCAGUGUUUCGAGGGAAGUCCUUUGAUAGAAGAGAUAGAUGGAAACGGGAACCAAGCCACUCCCCCAUUCUCAUUCUCCGGAAAAGGAGGUCCAACUCGAGAUCCAGACGAAGUACUAGCAAGACGCCACCACGCCUUACCGACUUGGAUAAAGAUCAACUGCUAGAGAUAGCAAAGGCUAAUGCUGCUGCUAUGUGUGCUAAAGCUGGAAUGCCCAUACCCGAAAGCCUCAAGCCAAAGGCAAUCCUGCAGUUACCCUUACCAACCCCGUCUCCAACCCCCUUGUCAUUGCCCCUACCCAUACCCAGUUUACCUAUGAAUCUGAACAUGGGUUUAGCAGGCAUGGCCACAAUGCCCAACAUGACAAUGAACGCUGCGGUGGCGAGCAUGACUGCCGCAACCAUGACAGCAGCUCUCUCUAACAUGGGUGCUUUGUCAGCUAUGCCCCCAAUGGCUCCCCUUCCCACCAUUACAAACAAGCCCCCUCCAGCACCCACACCCAAUCUGGCCAGUAUUGAAGAGGUGAAGAGGAAGGUGGCUCAACAGGCUAACAGCAUGAGCAUCAAGGAGUUCACUGAGAAGUGUAAACAGAUCGCAGAGAGUAAGGAGGAGAUGAGUAUUGCACGGCCACACAUUUCAGAUGACGAUGAUGAUGACGACGAGAAACGGUAACCGCCUGUCCUCCUGGAUCUCAUCUGCAGUCCUGACAACGGACACCUAUGGCUUGAGACUAAAGGAUGAACAUCUCCAGGGGCAUUUUAUCAUUAUAAAUGAAGUUUGGUUUGCUCACAGGAGUUGGAUGUUUAAGCAUCUGGACACCUGACGCCAAGUUGAUUUAAGUGGUUUCUUUAAAUUGUCCGGCAAGCUACAGGAACCUUUUUACUGUAGGACUUGAACUACCAGAUUAGACCAUUCAGUAUGUCAAAGCAAAGGGGUAACAUGCUCUCUUUGCAGACUGACAGUGAAAUAAUUUGAUUUCAGGUUUUCACCUUCACUAUAUAUGGUGCCUCUUAAUGCCAUUAAGAAGGAUUUCUGGUGGAUUUAACUCAGAUUUAUAGAUGCCCCCCCAAAAAAUACAGUUUUGGGGUGGAUGACAACUUGGAUCACAGGUCAGAGCUGUUGGUCCAACAAAUUUUCAGAUCUUUCCGUUGCAGAAAUGUGACCGUUUUAGUAGUUUAUUUUUCCCUCUGUCUUUUAAGAGUCAUUAAAUGUUAAUCACAUGUUUAAGUACAUUGAUGUUAAAUAUAAUUCGGUUAUUUGUUCCUUAACUCCUUUUGUGAAAUUCUUAAGCGAUUAAACGUUGAGGUUCAAAAUGUGACCGUACUUGAGUGCUGUACUUAAUGAAUGAUGUUUCCAUUGAUGUGCAUUGAAAGGGUUUUGACCACAGAUUUUCUUUUAAAUACAUUGAACCUUCCUUCGCUGCUUGCUGGUGAUUGACGUUGUGGCCAGGCUUUAUCUAAAAAAUCGGAGAAAUUACAUUUACUUAUUUUUAUUCUGAGAAAUCAUAAAAUGCACCCUUGUACCCAACCAACUUUGAUGGAAUAAAACGCGGAUUUAUUUUUUAAUUUGAAAUGACUGAGAUGUACUGUAUUUACAGUAGCUAAAAAUGUAAUCCAUGAUCAUUCUAGAGAGAGGGAUGCUGUAAAUGCAUUACGAUUGCAAUAAGGCUGUUGUUAGGGCAUGUAAUGUUAGUCGUACUGUACGGUUUUGCCAGUCUUUUUUUUUUACCUCACCCUUCUUCAAUCUUUUCUGGUUCUGUGGAUAUAAUUUUUACGAUUUAAGAUAAUUUAAGCGAAAACAGCUUCUAUUCAUCUUAGAAAAACUGCGGUUGACAUAUACAGGUUAACAAUGAUGUAAAAUAUGAAGCGGCAUGCUAAGUUAGAUUUGGUUCUGAAUCAUUGUCAACAGACACAAAGUGAUCCACAUCUUGUUUCACUGCGUUGACAGAAGUUUGUAAAAUCAAGCGCUUCAUUUCAGACAGAUCAUUUACCAGUAAAGACAGUGGAAGGUACUGGGAAUGUGAAGCAGGUGUGUUUCUUUUUAACAUUGUGAAUAAAAUCUAAUUUUGCUGUUACUUCAUUAAAACAAACAAAAAAAAUAUUAAAUAAGUACAGUAUGGUGGCAAUGUGUACGGCUCUUUUGAGGUUAUUAGCAUCUAAAGUACAAGCGCCACAUAUAGAGUAACUUGUAUUUUUUAUCCUUUUCAUUACAUUGAGAAACAUGACACACCCUCUGUAUAUAAUGCAACAUCAUAUUAAAGGAAACCAGUUACAUGA